GUUUGUGGGGGUUGAUCUGUGGUUUCUGUGGUUCCAGUUGAGAUGGGCUGUCUGGGAGGGAAGACGGAGGAAGAACGACUGGAGGAUAAAGCGAAGAGAGAAGCCAACAAGAAGAUCGAGAGACAGCUGCAGAAGGAGAGACAGGCUUAUAAAGCAACACACAGACUGUUACUGCUGGGUGCAGGAGAAUCUGGUAAAAGCACGAUUGUGAAGCAGAUGAGGAUUCUCCAUGUGGACGGUUUCAACGCUGAAGAGAAGCAGCUGAAGAUGCAAGACAUCAGGAAGAACGUGAAGGAUGCCAUAGUGACCAUUGUGUCAGCCAUGAGUAUGUUGACUCCGCCCGUGCCUCUGGGUAACCCUGACAACCAGUUCAGAGUGGACUACAUCAAGAGCAUCGCGCCGCUGUCGGACUUUGAGUACACAGAGGACUUCUUUGAGCACGCUCAGAGGCUGUGGGAGGACAACGGCGUGAAGGCGUGUUUCGAACGCUCCAACGAAUAUCAGCUGAUCGACUGCGCUAAGUACUUCCUGGACAGGUUGGACGCCGUCAGGAGGACAGACUAUACACCUAGUGACCAGGAUUUGCUGCGCUGCAGGGUUCUGACUUCAGGGAUUAUUGAAACCCGGUUUCAGGUGGACAAGGUCAACUUCCAGUGAGUGUGCUUAGCCCCGCCCCCUCUGUCCAUCUGCACCAAUCACCUGUCUCCUCCACCUUUAGGUCAAAGUCAGUGUCCUCAAAUCAGCUUAGUGGAAAUAAAAUCAAAGCUGUCUCCAUGGCAACAUUGUACUUUCUACAUCCCCCCAAAGCAUUAUGGGAACUGUAGUUGGAGAACUAGCUGUUGUAAAUUUUGUCUUAACUAAUGCUUCAUUUCUUUAGUUGGAUUUCUCUUUACAGUAUGAACCUGUCUUUAUGCAACGCCUGACCAACUGACCUCUGACUGUCUUUAUGCAACGCCUGACCAACUGACCUCUGACUGUCUUUAUGCAACGCCUGACCAACUGACCUCUGACUGUCUUUAUGCAACGCCUGACCAACUGACCUCUGACUGUCUUUAUGCAACGCCUGACCAACUGACCUCUGACUGUCUUUAUGCAACGCCUGAC